AUGUCUUCCACGAAAGAAAACAAAACCUGCUUUGUAGUACACAAUUCGCCGGAUUUUGUAACGGGGAUCUUUAUCACGCUCUCAGUUACUGGAAUAUUAACAGCGAUUUUGGGAAACUCUCUGAUAUUUCUUGCCGUGUACAAAACAUACUCACUCAGAACUCCAUCUAACUACCUACUUGCUAGUCUGUCCUUAGCAAGUCUACUGUUCGUCCCGGUUCUGGCGAGUUACACUGUUUCGCUAACAAUGAGCGAAUGCCAUGCAAUAAUGCCAAUUUUGUGUUCAUGGACUUCAAAAGUGGAUUUUGCAUUAUUCUGUGUUGUCAUGGCUCAUGUGGCUAUGAUCUCCUUGGAUCGACUUGUAGCUAUCAAAAGACCAAUGAGGUAUGUUUUUAAAACAAUUUCAAGCUCUGCUAUUCAAUCACAGAAUGAAAAUUUUAAAACCUUAACCUUUCUGUUCUUCAAGUUUGUGAAACCGAUCAAAUAUAAUUGUAUGAAACUCUCAUGCAGUUCUUCCCGGUCCUUGACAGCUUUUCAAGAAUUUAUCAAAUGUAAUUGGAAGCGAACCUUCUUUGUCUGCUUUAUUUCGAUUUAUGCCGCUGUUGCUUAAGGGGCUCCCACGUUAUAUCACAAGUUAUUUUCUGCGACUUCUAUCAUUUCCAUGAAACUUCUAUUAUUUGUUAAUUAAUACUUUGUAAGUUCGAUGGCAUUUCAUGUGUUUUUGUCCUCGAUUAGAAAGAACUGCUUAUAUAAGCUUUAACAGCAGGUGCAAUAUAAGGGAUGCACCAUCGUUGCCAAUAAUAAGAAGAGAUAAUAUAUAAAAAAUACAUGAUAUUAAAAAAUGUGCACUUAUAUUCAAGACAGUUACUGUUUUGGCAGUCCGCAAAAAUUCAAUAUUAUUCAAAUGUCUAAGAGAAGAUGAAACAUGAGGUACGUUCUUUUUCAUCUCCAUGUCAGCAGCUGCUUCCAAAUACAUGACGUCACAUGACGUCACGGCAGCCAUAGUGAUGUUCCAAAACAAUGAAACGGUGGCCAACCAAUCCUCUGGGAUUUCAACUCUUUACCUUUGUAAUUGUUUUCUUUUGUUCCAAUAAAUUUGCACAGACGAUGGUCACGUGAGUGAAAACGCUCUAUACCUGAUUCAAUAAAGAUUGCUUUGGGCAUUGACAAUUGGGUACCUUGGAGCUGUUGUUUGGCAGUCACUCACUGUUCCGUAUGCCUAUAAAUGCCCAAGGCCCAAUUGCCAAAGCAGCCUUUACUGAAUUGGGUGUAAAAGAACUAUAAAGAAACGGCUUUCUAGAAUAGACCUUUUUACCGAUACGGCGGCCUUAUUGAAUUGAUUCGAUUUAAGGAGUAUUAUAGGAUGUCCAGGGGGCAUGAGCUCAUUUCGUUUGUAUUUUCGAGCGCUUUUCGGGACAUUUUUUCUUAAAGUUUUCUUAGAACAAGAUUGUAACAUGGGAAAAGAGAUCGUUGUGCCGUGUUUGGAUGUAAUAAUGAUCGCCUUUUUCUAGUUUAGUAUUAGAAAUAUGGUCUUUCACUGUAUAUUUCUCGGGAAAAAAUCAUCACCAUCUUCAGGAGCCGAUUUCACCGUCAUCAUCAUGAUCAUUUUUUUAAACAUUUUUAGUCCUAGUCCCAAAGAGAAUUGAAACCCAUAGUUCCCCACUACAUUACGUGCAACUAGAUUCCUCACUAGAUCAACUUGAGUAGGUAAGAUAGUUAAGUAGUGAAACAGACAACUGGUGAUAGAAGAGGUAGAUGAGGGAGAUAGCUGUGAGUUUUUCGGGUGUAGCUGAAUGUGCUUAUCACAAGUUCUUGUCCUGUUGUUAUUAGUCUACCCAUGGAGAUUAAAACUGUUAACGAUGACUUUAAUUCUGAAAAACAUUUUUCUCACCUGCAGAUACUCAACAAUGAUGACAAAGAGGAGGACCCUAGUUAUAAUAACAAUAGUUUGGAUUGCUGGCGGAAUUGGAGGAGCUAUUCCAGGCUUUUUUCGUCUCAUUCUUCGAAAACAAGGCAGACCACUACUUCAACUGAUGUAUGGUUGCAUUCAAAAUAACGUAAUCCCUACUCAACGUCAAUUAAAAUCCAUAAUUCCUCACUUUCUCUUCUUGAUGUCGUUAACAGUCCUUUUACCAAGCGGUAUUAUGCUCUUCACGCAUGCGUGGAUUUUUACCAUCUCUCGCAGUCAGGUCCGAAGAAUCCGCGUGCUGGAAGACGCCGUAUCAAAACGACGGUCUAGUGAAAUGCGCGCCGCUAAGACGGUGGCAGUCACCGUGUUUUCAGCAUUAGCGUGUUUUACUCCUCUGGUUGUUGUAAAUUUCAUCACAGCAUUAGAUCCACCAAGUGGGAAGAAGUUAACUCCCACUCAAAUCAACAUCAAGUAUGUUCUUUUUCCGAGUCUCAAGAUUUUGUAUCUGUUGGCGGUAACUUUAAACCCUUUUAUUUGUGCUUUAAAAACCAGACCCUUUAAAGAGACGUUCAAGAAGUAUUUGAAACCUUUGCAAAUGAGACAAGGCGUUUCUUUACCUACUACAUUAAACCACUCCGGGGCCAAGAACAUCGAAUUAGCAACAACAAAAAACCGGAACAUUGAGAUUGCGAGAUCAACGGUUUUGUGA